GAAGACUCGGUUCAGGUUGAGGGUUGUUUUUAYAUGAAGACUUGAUUGUUUUCAGUGCUUUAAAUGAACAUAGUUUGAGUCUGGAUUCAGUCUGAGCGAUGGCUGCUUGUCCCUGACGAUGAUGAUGUGAAGUCUGGAUGACCUUUGGACUGGAGGAAACUCAGGCUGCAGCUCUUGAAAGACAAACGAGAAGUCCUAAAGUCAUAUCCUGACACGUAGCAGGAGCUCCCUCAGCUGGUGCGAUGGAGGAAGCGUACAAUGAACUCUACCAGCAGUUUCUCCGUCUGAGGUCCCUUUGCCUGAAACAGGCGGCUCUGCUGCAUCAACUCACAGCGGCUCUGCAGAAACAACAAGGUGCAGCUGUUUUUAAUGGAGAAGUGGGCGAUCUGAUCUCCAUCCCUGCAGACAUCCCUUCAUCUCUGYAUGAAAAGCCUCAGCCUCUGAGAGCUGGGCUCCUGCUCCCUGCAGAACCAUGCAGAGUUGAGGGGUCCUCUUGUAAAGCGGGGGCUCUUUCUGCUCUCCUUGCUGAGGACAUGUCAAAGCUCAGGGUGGACGGGCCUUGUUGUAGAAAGCAGGAUGAGAAGACGGAGAAAAUGGGUUCCUUCAUGCUAACUUCAGACUCAUCAGGAUACCUUGCAGCUUCUUUUGGCAAAUUCCGGUUUGAGCAGAAUGGUCCUGGUGAGGACAGCUUUCACACAGCGGGGACGCCUGUGAGCAACUGUUCGUCUCAGGUUGGUGACCUCCUCCAGCAGGCGGGAGGAGCUCUGAUGUCCGACGUGGCGCUGCAGUCUCACGUCUGCGAGUUCUGCCAGGCAGUUUUUCCUGGAGACUCGACGACAAAGGGAGAGUUCCUGCGACAUCUCUGCACCCACGUCAYCUAGACCAGACUUAAUGGUCUUUCUGUCCAGCUGAACUUCCUUCUUGUCAGGUGCAGUACAGCCUGAAGUGGAUUUGUGAGUUGGAUAAAGAUGAGGCUGGAUGAUGAUGAUGAUGAUGAUGAUUACACUCUGAGCUCCAGCAGAUUUGGCUGCAGAUGUGAAGAACAGCUCACUGAAUGACAUCUUUUCAGACUGAAUGACAGGGUCCUAUUAUGAUGGAGUUUGAGUUGUUAGUCACUUCAAACAUUUCUUCAAACAGAAAAAAGCAUCUAUGAAAUUCAUUUAAAUGUCUUCGACUUGGAAUUCGCACAUGCAGGCUUUUCAGAAACAUUUCCUUUUAUUUUUAAAUGUCUCUAAAAAUACAAGUGUGAUGUUAUAUGUCCUAAUGAUUGUAAUAAAUUUAAUUUAAAUUGUAAGAUUAAACUACAUGAAAAUAGACUGUUUAACUCUUACUUUCUCCGUCUUUAAUGGUCUCUGCUGUUUGUCAUCAGGUCAGCUGUCUGCUGUUGGACACUGUUACUGAAGGAAUAACUAGGACUAAAAAUAAAGUCACAGCUCUGUAAUUAGCAGCGCUGAUAGAUGAUAAGUGCUCUUCUUUGUGACUGCUGCUCUCUGAGUCACAGUGAAGAACACUAACAUGAAGAUAAUCGCUCUUGUACAGCGGAGAUGUAAAACUAUUUGUUUUAUCAUAAUCAGCAUCCUCAUCAUCAGCAUCACAGGACCAGCAGAUCAGUGAACACGAGCACGGCUGAAGCUGGUGGCAGCGGGCCAAGCUUUGAAAAUGUGUUAGAGAAACAGAAAAUCACAGCAUCAUGUUUGAAAAGAAAACAAACUUACAAAAGUUUAAUUAGUUUGACUUCAAAUACUUGUGACUUUGUUUAACRUCUGUGCUUUUAAGUUAUUCAUGUUUUUGUUCUCAUUUGUGUUCCUCCUGAGAUCCUAUCUAGUGAGUUUUGCUUUCUUUUUUUUUUUUGCUUUGUUUUUAUUCACUGUCAGCUUUUUGUAAAGUAAUUAUUUCUUUUUUUUUUUCCUUUGCGAUCUGAGUUUUGGUUAUGUGUUUUUGGGUUUAAACUACCUCUAAACACGAUAGAACCAGUGACGGCUCCUCACAUACUGGGCAACAUAAAACACACACAAAAAAAUUAACAGAGCUAUUUUAUAGUGUGUAGCUUUUGUCACAAAAACACAAUUUGUUCCUAUUUCUUUGUUGAAUCUAUAAAAAACACCAAAUGUAACACAGUUUGAUCAACAAGAAUAAUAUUUUUCAAGCUGAGUGUGCGAGUUCUUAUCUGAACAUUAUGAUGAUCAGCUGAAGGUUGAUGCAUCUCUCAKGUCAAAUCUUUGUACAUUUUUUAUUAUUAUUUCAUGAAUUCAUACUUUCAGAUAUAUUGUUUAAUGUCUGACAUUUCCUAAUUUGUUCCCCAAUUGCUUUUAUUGUUACUWUGAGCACAAUUUGCUGUUAUGGUAAAUUAUGUUUGGUGUUGAUCAAGACCACUAAAAGGAUUACAGGAAAGUGUUGUUCCUUAAAAAAAGAUUAGUGGAGGUUUAAAACUUCUGCACAGCACAGCAACUCAUGAGUGUGUAGAUGUUUCAUUCUGAACAAAUYUUGCCUUCUUUAGAGAUUUGUGAAACUGAAAGCCUUUUACAAAACUACUAUUUGCAAUUAAAAGCUGAAUUUUUCUGGAUGA